CAGUAACACCACCACUACUACCGUCGUGCUGCUAGCAGCUCCGUCAUCGGUAGUGAGCGAAAGAACGAGGUCUUCCGUUCCGGCAUAAUAGUCGUGCGAGUUAGUAGACGCGCGAACGUAUACUAACAUUUUUCGACUUUUAUAGCAUUCCCAAGAAAAACUCACGAGAACUUCGCGUUCAUACGUUUAGUGCUGUGAUCAAUUUCUUUGCAUUUCGACCAACAUGAAUGAAGAAUACGACGCGAUCGUGUUGGGCACCGGACUCAAGGAAUGCAUACUUUCGGGUAUGCUAUCGGUCAGUGGAAAGAAAGUGCUCCAUGUAGAUCGUAACAAAUAUUACGGCGGUGAAUCUGCUUCGAUCACGCCUUUGGAGGAUUUGUUUGCGAAAUUCAAGGUCCCACCACCUGGUGAAUCCUAUGGUCGUGGCCGCGACUGGAACGUUGAUUUAAUUCCAAAAUUCCUGAUGGCAAACGGCUUGCUGGUAAAACUUCUGAUUCACACAGGCGUGACGCGGUAUUUGGAAUUUAAAUGCGUCGAGGGAUCUUAUGUCUAUAAAUCCGGCAAAAUUUCAAAGGUGCCGAUAGAUCAGAAAGACGGAUUGUCCGGCGAUUUAAUGGGCAUUUUAAAUAUGCAAGAAGACAAUCCUAAGACUUGGGACGGCUUCGAUCCAUUUAAUAAUAGUAUGAGUGCUUUGUACAAUAAGUUUAAUCUCGAUAAAAACACUCAAGAUUUCACAGGACAUGCACUAGCUCUUUAUAGAGAUGACGAAUACAUAAGCCAAAGAGCGAUCACUACUAUAAGAAGAAUUAAAUUGUAUAGUGAUAGUUUAGCACGUUACGGAAAAUCACCAUAUCUAUAUCCCAUGUACGGUUUAGGUGAACUUCCUCAAGGUUUUGCACGACUUAGCGCUAUUUAUGGUGGAACGUACAUGUUAGACAAACCGAUAGACGCAAUCGUAAUGAAAGAUGGAGCGAUUUCUUGUGUGUGUUCUGGUGACGAAGUAGCAAAGUGUAAACAAUUAUUUUGUGAUCCUACAUAUGUACCUGAGCAUGUGAAAAAAGUGGGUCAAGUCAUAAGGUGCAUUUGUCUUUUAGACCAUCCUAUACCGAAUACAGGAGAUGCUCUUUCAACACAAAUUAUUAUUCCACAAAAACAAGUUAAUCGUAAUUCCGAUAUCUACGUAUCUUUAGUAUCGCAUACUCAUCAAGUAGCGGCAAAAGGAUGGUUUAUAGCCAUGGUAUCUACUACAGUUGAAACAAAGAAUCCAGAAGCUGAAAUUAAACCAGGCUUGGAUCUUCUUGGACCGAUUAAACAGAAGUUCGUAUCAGUAUCUGAUUAUAUGGAACCGACAGACAAUGGGAUGGAGAGUCAGAUUUUUAUAUCAACAAGUUAUGAUGCUACAACGCAUUUUGAAACUACUUGUUUAGAUGUUCUCGAUAUAUUUAAACGAGCUACUGGUGAAGAAUUCGAUUUUAACAAAGUAAAGCAAGACCUAGGUGAUGAAGAUCAGUAACCAUAAGAUAAUUACAAUUACUGGUCAGUUUUAAAGCUAGUUCAUGCUGAAUUGAAAAAAAUAAAAACGAGCGAGCAACAUAAUUUAACGUGUGUAUGCCGAUAACGUCGGUGUUUAUUGAACUCUCGGAGCAGAUGCAAUCUGUCAAUAGACAUGCCUAAUCCUAGAUUCUCUUUAAUGGAGGACGUUAACGACAAACAUUAUUCAAAAUUUAUUUUUCAAAUUUAUUCCAAUCUAAUUCUACAAACUGCCCUUUUUACAUUAUGUCUAAAGUACAUAUGUACAACCAUUUUCACAAAAAAUUGAUAUUAGGACUUGUAAUAUUUGUCGCCUGGUCAUUCGUCGAUAAAUUUUGAACAAAUUAUAAAUUGCAAUUUAUUAUACGGUUUAAGUGUAUUAAUGUAUUCGUCACUGACAUAGAAUUUGAACUAUACAUGACAGUGCCGAUUAUCAUGACUUUAUAAAUGUAUCAUAUUUUACGUAUCAAAUUAAAACAUAAGGAUAACUGUUUAUUGAGAUUGUAAAUGUUAAAAAAUCCUAUAGUUAUAUUGCUAAUUGCAGUAGUCAAAAGAUCAUAUGUUACAACAGGAGGUACAAGAUAGAAUUAAUUUAAAAAAAUAAAUUCGACACGCAAGUAUAUAAAUAGCAUGCCGCGAUAUAGCAUUAGAAAAUAUGUCAUAAUUCUGCACAUUUAGUUACAAUAUCUUCAAUUGAAAUUCCAAACACUUACGUUAAUGAAAAGAAAAAACAAAGUACAUACAUGUAAAAUGAAGUAGUUACAAAAAGUAAUUGCCUAUACCAGAGAAGAUUGCAGAAGAUUUAUGUCGAAUAUUUAAAAGAAAAAAGAGCGGCCAACCAUUUAAAUAUAAGUUAAAUGGAUAUAUAUUAUAUACUUUCUCAUUCUCAAAUAUGUGGAAGUGAGAAUAUAGAAAAGAUGGGAUCGUUGAAAUGUUGUUAUUUUAUGUGAAUUUGAAGGCUGGAAUAUUUCUUUGUCCAGUAUUUAUAAGGUGAUCAUUAUUGAUAGAGAAACACAUUAAUAAAUCUAAAGAAGUCAAGUAUGUACAGACGUAUAUUGUUUUUGGAAUUAUUAUACGUGAGCACUUGCGUAUGCGUGAAUGUUUUGUUAAUGAGUGAUUGGCUACUUCCCAGAAUAUUUUGUUUUGCUUGCAUUUUCGCUUCAAAUUGUAAGCGCACCGUGAAUUCAUAUUACGUAUGAAAUUUACUGAAUGAAGAUACGUGAUUCCCUAUUACUUUAUCUAAAAUGUUAUUCACGUAACUGUAAUGUGACAGUCAUAAAAAAAAAAAUAAAUCAUACUAUAUUAAU